AUGGCAGCUGUGCUUCCGUCGGCGGCUGGGCGGGUUCAGGCCGUCGCGCCGGCCCGACAGGGGCCUGCGCAUGCUUCUGUGCGCUCCCGGGUCUCCGAGAAGGAGGUGGUGCUACUAUCCAGUGUAGCUGCAGGCCUUUCACUAUCGACGUGGAGGCGUUCGGGGAGGUGCUCACGUACAUCCGUGUUGCUGACCCGGCGCAUCUCUCCGCGGCAGAUAGCGCGUGACGAGGCAGACGGCGCAUACUUCAAGCCCCUAGUAGACGGAGACGUGCUGUCUGCUUCGGACCCCCAGCGCCUGGUGGUCGCCGUCAUGAUGGUGCUCCUGUCCGCGGGCCUGCUGCGCGUGGCUUCGCUGUUAGGCCCCCUGAGCUGGCAGGCCUCCGUUUGCUGCUUGCUCGCCCUGGUGCUCGGUGUGGAGUUCGCAGACUUCGGUACCGGCGUCUACCACUUCUCGGUUGAUAACUACGGAUCUGCAGAGACGCCCAUCGUCGGAUCUCAGAUCGAAGCCUUCCAAGGCCACCACGAGGAGCCCUGGACGAUCACCUACCGAGACUUCUGCAACAACUGCUUCCCAACCUGUCUAGCGACAAUGCCCUUUCUCAUCGCCUUCGAGGUGUUCUGCAGUCAGCCGUACAUCCUCCUUUGGGCAGUCGUUGCUUGUGCAGGCAUUGCCUUCUGCCAGGAGUUUCACAAGUGGAGCCACACGCUCCGCUCGCAAUGCCACCCCUUUGUAAACUGGCUUCAAGACGUUGGAAUUCUGGUGCACCGGAAGGCCCACCUUCGCCACCACAAGGCCCCGUACGAGACCAACUACUGCAUCGUAACGGGCCACAUGAACCCCCUCUUGGACAGGUUCUGGCUUGUGCAGUUUGCUGGAAUGCUCGCUUAUGCAUGUUUUUGCCUCAAGGAUGUCAGCCCAUGGCUUGCGGUCUGUUUGAUUGCUGCUGGUAAGAGGCUGGUAGUCCUCUUCAGGUUAUAUCUGAACGGUCGCAUGAAGGGAUACCUGGUGGAGGAGGCGAAGGGAAUGGAGGCGAUGUUCCUGGUGGAGCAGAGGGGUCAAGGUCCCGCGCCGAAAUCAUUGCCCAAGGCGAUGCAGGUGGAGACGGACUUGCUGGACACAGUGGAGAAAGGCCAUGAGGCCAGUGCAACAGACUGGGCUACCGGGGUGGGUAGCAAAGAUUGGAGAGUUUUUCAAAGCUCCAGCUGUGAACUGGAUGCCAAGUCCUAUGCCAUCGCCACCUGUGCCAAGAAGACCGCUUAA